UCACUCGCAAAAGUUAUCAGACUCUUCAAUUAACGCGAGGCUGGGAGAGGUCCCAAAGUUGCCCAAGGCAUGGUCAGCUGACGUUAUUUGGAGUCCGAUUAACCAUGGACAUCUUAUGCCGGGCCACAUUACUAUCAUGGACUCUUUGGUGAGGUUCAGAUUUGAAUUCCCUUCAAGUGGAACUUACAAGGAGCCACUGGAGCUUUGGCAGAGCUCUAACGAUUGGAAAGGAAACCUUUUGUCUUUUGGAUCCAAUCAAACCCAAGUUUUCAACUGUCCCGUUGAGUGGGCGCAACCAACCCCAGCAAUCAUUCCAGAUAAGGAGGGCAUUGAGUUUGGUGGAAUCAAACAGCUCCGUGACCCAUGGACCCAACGUCUCAAGAAAAUCAAGAUGUGGAGAGCUAAAGGUUCGACCCAAGCUAAAAGUGGCAACUUGUUUGAGUUCUAUGAAGACACUGGCUUACCCUUCCGAUUUGAUUUCGUGGAGGAGGAUCACACAUGGUGCUUGAGCCAGGUUUUCUCAUCCAUUCACUUUCGUAACUUCAAGGAGCUCUCCAAUUUUGAAAGUGACUCAUUGAAGGAGACCAUUGUGGACAAGGUGGAUAAUCACAUGAUUCGCAAGAUCAACAAUGACAUCCAUCAAGAGUUUAGUCCCUACCUGGAAUCUAUUGGCACCAAUGUCUUUCACCACGCCACUGGAUUGGAGUUCAUGAGUGAAGAAGAAACAAUUGGCACAGUUGUUCCAGGAUGGCCAGAUCAUCUCUAUAUGGAAGGAAGCUUCACAAGCAAUGCGGGCAAAUUUUUUCAAACCAAAGUCCAUUAUUCAUGGACUGAUAAGAGGAUUUAUACCCAAUUGGACCAUAAUGAUCUUGGCCAUACCAUUCUCCAGACAUCAAACACCACCUACAUCAGGUUUGGACCAAGGAAAUGCUUUGUUCUUCAUGGGCUUGGCUUACCCCUGCCCAAUUGGUCAACCUCCACUUGCAAGGUCCGAGCUCGGUUCCAAAACGUGUACAUGGCCGUGUGCUCGUUCGCUCCGGGUCGAGACCUUCACUAUUGGUACAUGCCCACGCCCCAUUCUGACAUUGGAUACCUGCCUAUCCAAUUUCUCGAAUCUCGAGCGCCUUUCCGCGAAGGCGCUUCAUUGGCCGUGGCAGAUUACACCCAAGCCAGGAUUCUGAAGGAUUUCAGCCCAGAAACCCUUUUCCAGAUUCCUUUGGACUGUCUGCAAGAGGACUUGAUUGAGGGCACUGAGGACGUUUUCGACGUGCUCACCAAGGAUCAUGCUGAUUACAUGAUGCGUGGUCAUCACUCGAGCCGACACGAGGAUUAAGAGGAUUGACCUACCGCAACAUGAAGCCAGCCGCAUUUAUCGCGACGCCCGAGCUUUUUUGUGUAUGUUCAAUUUUGGUGCUCCCCGUCGAACAGUCAGUAUUGGCUUAAGCUCAUGUCGUUCAGCUCCAUUUGCUGAACUGUUCAAAGUCCAAAUAUUCAAACAAAUCUAUUGCUAACUUAAGUAAAUAUCCUAUUCGAAUCAAUAAAUCUGAAUACCUACCCCGCAAGUACGUGGACACGGGUUCUAUUUCGUACGAGAA